AUGACAAAUGGUCAAGUCGAAAAUCGACUUGAGCCAUGGUCUCACCUACACGGAAAAAUUGUGCUUGUGACCGGUGCAUCUUCUGGACUCGGCUUCGAACUUUGUCUCGACUUGGCCAAGGCCGGUUGCAGAAUUGUGGCGGCUGCACGUAGAAUGGAUAGGCUUAAGUCUCUAUGUGAACAAAUCAACCAAACGAACGACAUUCUUGAUAAAGACGUUAGCUAUGACGACUUAUUGGAUCGUGCUGUGGCACUGGAGCUGGAUAUCUCGUCAGACGGUCAGUCGAUAGAAAGGUCUGUCCAGAAAGCUUGGGACGCGUUUGGGCACAUUGAUGCUUUGAUUAACAAUGCUGGUAUAAGAGGGCAACAGAAGAUGACAUUGCAGCUCUCGGAAGAGGAAUGGGAGAAAGUUGUGAAAACAAACUUGACCGGAUCUUGGUUGGUGGCCAAUUGUGUGGCAGCACGAAUACGAGCCGCAGGGCGAGCAGGCUCGAUUAUCAACAUCUCGUCGAUUACUGGACUCGGUCGAGCACAAUUCUAUGGUGCGGUGGCCUAUGGUUCCUCCAAAGCUGCCUUACAUGCCAUGACUAAGAUAAUGGCAUUAGAAUUGGGCAGCUUCAACAUUAGGGUCAACUGCAUUGCACCAGGGCUGUUCAAAUCCGAGAUAACCGAAAAACUCAUUAACCAACCGUGGCUGCAUAAUGUCGGGAUGAAGAUUACACCAUUACAGACUGUCGUAAAAUCCAACCCGGGAUUAACAUCCCAUAUUCGUUACUUACUUCACGAUUCAUCGAGCUACGUUACGGGCAAUGUGUUCAUCGUUGAUUCCGGUGUUAGUCUCCCAGGAGUUCCAAUUUUCUCCUCACUUUAA